AUGCAAGCUUUCGUACCAAAGACGCGCCGACCGAAGUUCGAGCUGCAUAUGAAGAUUAUUGAUCUGAAUAAUGUCCCUCUUGUCAACGGCAUAUCCUUCGUCAAAUGGCAUCUACCUCACUCCAAUGCGGCGGAACACCGCGGCCGAACGGAAAAAUGUCCCAUCAAGGACCAUAAAGUCAUUUACGAUUACCACAAAAGACUCCCAGUGCGAAUCACAAUAGACAAGAACAGUAUGCUGCAAGAAUUGUAUAUAAACUUCGAGAUUGUGCAAGAGUAUGGCGGAACUGGACGUGGUGAGCGUAUAACAUUGGGAAAUGUCAGAUUAAAUCUGGCCGAGUACAUCGAGCCCAGCGAGCAAGAAGUUGACGCUGAGGAGGGCGUCGUAAGGCGUUAUUUGAUGCAAGAUAGUAAGAUCAAUAGCACAGUGAAGAUAGGGAUAUACAUGCGGCAGACAGAGGGUGACCGAAAUUACGUCGCGCCUCCGCUGAAGACCGCACCUGUUUUCGGCGGUAUUGCAGGCAUCAUCUCCGCAGAUGCCGACAAUACACCAGUUGACGACAACUCCUCCACACUCAUUGGCACAGCACCAUCUAUCUCAUUGAAGUCGAAGGAAACUGGCGAGUUACAGGACAUGUACCGACGCACGCUUGCCGCGUACUGGGCCGCUCAACCAGGCGAACUCAAAGCUGACGACGCGAUUGAGGACAUUUUUUCCGGCGGCGACGGCUGGGGAGACAAACACACAUCUUACACCAAGUCGCCACGUUUACGUGCUGUCAAUUGGAAGGAUGGCGGGGAGAGUAGUGAGAACGAAAAGCUAGGCCAUGGGCGUAACGGAUCUACCGGAUUUGGACGAAGUCCUGUGCGGAAGCCUGGGAGCCGAGAUGGACAUCGAAAAGGUGGUGAUACAGGUCCAACAGGACGAGCGAGUUUGGAGCAGCAGGCUAGUCACAUGAAAGCGGAGGUUGAAAGGAGGAGACAGCGGCCGACUCAUGAGGUGGAGGAGAUAGAUAUACGAGAGGAUCUCCGGAGCUGGCGGCUGGGGUAA